GGAUUUACUAAUCCCGAUUCCAUUGAAUUAAGGUCUCAUUCUCAAUUUCCCUCCUAAAAAGAGUAACAGAAAGUGUGUCUCUUGUUUCUCAUUCCCAAAAGAAGAAGCUGAAAUUACAAGCUGAGCUGACGCAGAUGGUGCCGGCGGUGUUGACGAGGAAAUUCUCAUCUUCCGUAGAUUUCGGGGCUUGGAGGGGUUUCGUUUUCUCUCUCUUCAUCCUCCAUUUCGUCUUCGUCUGCCAACUUCUCCUUCUCCAACCCUUGGUUUCUGCUAAAGAUGGGAAACCUGGUAAUGCAGCUGGCCUGUUCAAUAGAGUCUCAGAAAAUGUAAAGGUGAAACGCUACAGUGAGGCUCUCGAAGAUCUUAAUGCUGCUAUAGAGGCUGAUCCAACACUUUCAGAAGCAUACUGGCAUCGUGCAUCAGUUUUUCGUCAAUUGUGCAGAUAUGAAGAGUCUGAGAAGAACUAUAAAAAGUUUCUGGAGCUAAAACCUGGAACUUCUGCAGCAGAAAAAGAACUUUCUCAACUGUUGCAGGCUAAGAGUGCUCUUGAAACGGCCAUUAAUCAUUUUGAGUCAGAAGAUUUUGGAAAAUCUUUGGAUUACAUUGAUAAAGUUGUCCUUGUUUUCUCACCUGCAUGCUCAAAGGCAAAACUCCUCAAGGUAAAGUUAUUGUUAGCAGUAAAAGACUAUUCUGGUGCCAUAGCAGAGACCGGAUAUAUGCUCAAAGAAGAUGAAAAUAAUCUGGACGCACUACUGUUGCGUGGGCGUGCCUAUUAUUAUCUAGCAGAUCAUGAUGUCGCAAUAAGGCAUUUCCAGAAAGGGCUCCGCCUAGAUCCAGAACAUGGUGAACUAAAGAAAGCAUAUUUUGGUUUGAAGAAUCUGCUAAAGAAGACUAAAAGUGCAGAAGAUAAUGUGGAUAAGGGUAAGCUGCGGUUGGCAGUAGAGGAGUUCAAAGCAGCCCUUGCUAUGGAUCCUAAUCAUACUGCACACAAUGUACACCUUCAUCUUGGUUUGUGUAAGGCCUUGGUCAAGCUUGGCAGGGGAAAGGAUGCGCUGGGUAGUUGCACAGAAGUACUUAAUAUUGAUGAAGAGCUUAUUGAAGCUUUGGUUCAGAGGGGUGAAGCAAAACUGUUGGUUGAAGAUUGGGAGGGUGCUGUGGAAGAUUUGAAAGCAGCAGCUCAAAAAUCACCUCAGGAUAUGAAUAUUCGAGAAGCAUUAAUGAAGGCUGAGAGAUCUUUGAAAUUGAGCAAACGCAAGGACUGGUACAAGAUUCUGGGAAUAUCAAGAACUGCAUCUAUAUCAGAAAUUAAACGUGCAUACAAGAAACUUGCUUUACAGUGGCACCCAGAUAAGAAUGUUGAUAAUAGAGAGGAAGCUGAAGCUAAAUUCCGAGAAAUAGCUGCUGCAUAUGAGGUACUUGGAGAUGAGGAUAAACGUGUGAGAUAUGACAGAGGUGAAGACUUAGAGGAUAUGGGAAUGGGUGGUGGUGGUGGUGGUGGUGGUGGUGGUGGUGGUGGUGGUUUCAACCCUUUCGGUGGUGGGGGACAGCAAUAUACUUUCCACUUUGAUGGAGGCUUCCCUGGCGGAUUUGGUGGAGGUGGAUUUCAUUUUUGAUUGCUAGUAAAAAAGAGUCUACUAUCGUCAUUAACAGAGCCAUUAAACCAAGGAAAGGGAGCACUUCCUCCUCACAGGUUGCGAAGAACCUUCUUUUCUGAUUGCUAAUGAGUAGUUGUUAGAAUGCAGGGCUAUAGAGGCCAUUCUAAAGAAAUUUGUCCCUCCAGAGAAAAUUUUGCUCAGCGGCACAUCAUUGAUCCCAAACUUGUAAUGAGUUAGUUCUUUCUCUGCUGUGGAUAUUGGCAGAGUUGCCCUUCUUCAUAUAAUAUUUCUGGUUUUAAUUAUACAGAGAUGUAAAUAUAGUUCUUUCUUUUUAUUUUUUUAUU